AUGUUCGCUGCACUAAGCCAAAUCGCCGGACAGUCAGUAGACUUUGAGACGAAGAAGGCCUUACUCGUCAUCAAUUGUCAAAAUGAUGCCUUCUACCGGUUGGAUGAUUUUCAUAUCACGGAGAAUCUUGAGUUUCUGAAACCUCUGCGCGAGUUGAUCCCAUUGUUUCGCCGCUUGGGGGAUGUCAUCUGGGUCCGGACUGAGAUGGGGGUAGUGCCAUCUACUCCUUCACCUGACGCAGAGAAAAUCGAAAAAGAGUCUAGCGAGCUAGUUGAAGAGAAUCGAAAGACACAGAACCACCAAGAAGCCCAAAUUCAUGAUGACACCAACAGCCAAAGAGUUCGGCGAGCAUCUAUUCAACAGGUUGACCCAUCUGGUUCGGGACCUGUGCCAGUAUAUGACCCAUCCAGCCGCAUUAAGCGCGUCAUGACCCACGCGUCUCCUGAUGUCAGGACAGAAGUAAGAUCCUCCAAUCUGCAGACACUUGACGAUGAGGAUGGCACGCUCCAAGAUCGACUGGUCAAACCGAGGAAAGGCCAGCAAAGUAGAUUUUUUGUAGGAGGUACGCGAGGAGCAGAGAUUUGUGACGAACUAAAAGACCUCGUCGACGAAGAUGAUCUGGUGGUCACUAAGCAUUUCUACUCGGCAUUUGAUCAGACUGAGCUGCUCACUACGUUAAGGGCUGAACUCAUUACCGAAGUUUACCUUUGCGGUGCUCUGACAAAUGCAAGUGUUUAUUCAACGGCAGCCGACGCCGUCCAACAUGGCCUUGAAGUAGCCGUUAUUGAGGAUUGUUUGGGCUGGAGAAGUCGUGACAAGCACGAGGAAGCGCUCCACCAGAUGUCAGACAUUAUGGGAGUCACUCAAAUUACAAGUGACGAGGCGAUCGAAGAAUCUGGAGGUCGUCCCAUUCCUGACUCAGACACCCCGGGAAUCACUGUCAAGGAACUCAAUCUUGACGACGAUGCGAGGAAGGCUCAAGAAGCACUUCUCAAAGAUUCUAGUGCACGCCCAAAGACGCAGAGCGAGCGUGGACCUAGUAUUGAGCCUCCAGACUCUCCCACUACUCCCAGUUCAGCUACGAUUAAUCAACAAUUACGACCCCAGAGAGCACGGCAACGGUUUGCACUAAUGAUGGGCCCAGGAGAUGCAAUUGGUAGUGGAGACUCCAAGGUCAUACACGACUGGCUAGAUAGUAGCUUAGCUGACAAAGUCUUCCACCAACUUAAGAAAGAAGUUGAAUGGCAAACAAUGGAUCAUCGCGGUGGUCAAGUCCCUCGUCUCGUUGCUGUUCAAGGCAUAGUGAGCAAAGAUGGGUCCGUUCCUAUCUAUCGUCAUCCGGCGGAUGAAUCGCCUCCGUUACUGGAAUUCUCUCCUACGGUGACGAGGAUCAGGCAAAAAUUAGCGGACCUCUUAGAGCAGCCAUUCAACCAUGUACUAAUUCAACUUUACAGAAAUGGAGAGGAUAACAUAUCGGAGCACUCCGAUAAAACGCUUGAUAUCGUUCGCCAUUCGGAUAUCGUCAAUGUCAGUUUCGGCGCACAAAGGGCGAUGACUUUACGCACGAAGAGGAUGCGAACCUCCGGCCUUGACAGUGCAAGUGCCAGGAACGUUCAGAAAGUUCCGUUGCCGCAUAAUUCUGUUUUCGUCCUUGGCUCCAAAAGUAAUCGGGAGUGGCUUCAUGGUGUUCGUGCAGACAAGCGACCAGUUCAGGAAAAGACCGAUGACGAGAAAGCGUACGGUGGCGAACGCAUCUCUCUGACGUUCCGACACAUCGGUACAUACUUGAACGAAAAGGAGCAACGAAUCUGGGGAUCUGGGGCUAGGGGAAAAUCUAAGUCCAAGGCCGGCCACGUGUCGAAUGACGACUCGGUACAGAUGGAGGCAAUGGUGAUUGCUUUCGGGAAGGAGAACCAUAAGAGCGAUUUUGAUUGGGACGCUGAAUAUGGGACAGGGUUUGACGUGGUGAACCUGGUCACGAAAAAGCUGCCUGCCAAAUUGGUGCUGAGCUCAGACGAGGUAAUCAACCUUCGGGUGCAGCUGUCUCUUGAGGAGCAUUCAAUACCAUACGACACUGUUGAUCGGCAUCUCUCUCCUGAGCCAUUGCACGAGAAGCCUUGGAUUCAUGGAUUGGCGAACACAUCCAGUCCUGUACUGAGUGGUCUUAUACUUGGUGUAGGGCCUGUCGAUGGUGACUUAGCAAUACUAAUCAACCUCGAGAGGAAAUACCGCCAAUCAGAAACAGAUGGCCAUGACUUUACGCAAGCUCAGCUCUUCAGCUGCAUUGCACAAGCGAACGAGCUACUCUAUCUUUGGUAUGAGCUCCGCGCAAGCAUGGAACGCAGCCGAACUUCCUCGCCAACGUAUCGCUUUAACAUUGAGAAUAAUCGUCCACCUUCGCCUGAGGUUGGGCUGCGGAAGGAGCUUUAUCAGACAUUGAAAGGCUGGGAAGACUACCUUGCAGAAGUCAAGUACCCAUUUAUUGCAGGAGAUUUUUGGAGCAUCAUGGAUUGCGCUUUCUGGCCCGUAUUCAACAGUAUCGUUAUUGGCGAGACAUUGGACUCAAAAGUCUAUCCAAAACUUUUGGACUAUCAUCGGCGGGCUUUGACGCGAGAGAGUGUCAAAAAACAUGUCUAA